UUGAAUAAAAGAGUUUCUGUUUCUGUUUCGGUUUCUGAUGACGAUGACGGUGACGUGGACAAUGACGAUCACAACCACGAUGUCGAUGUCGAUGACGAUGACGAUGAUGAUGGCGAUAACGUUGACAACCAUUAUGAUGGCGAUGUCGAUGAUGGUGACGUUGACCAUGACGAUGAUAAAGACCAUCUCUAUGUUGAUUACAAUGACGAUGACGAUGACGAUGACGAUGAUGAUGUCGAUGACGAUGACGAUGACGGUGACGUUGACAAUGACGAUGACAAUGAAGAUUUCGACGUUGAUACUGAUGAUAAUGAUAACGAUGUCGAUGUCGAUGUCGACGACGAUGAUGAUGACAAUGUCAAUGACGAUGAUGACGGUGACGAGGAUGAUGAUGGUGAUGAUGAUGAUUAUGAUGAUAAUGAUGGCGAUAAUGAUGAAAAUUGCGAUGAUGAUGAUGACAAUGAUGAUGACGAUGACGAUGACGGUGACGUUGACCAUGACGAUGACAAAGACGAUCUAGAUGUUGAUGACAAUGAAGAUGACGAUGACGAUGACGGUGACGUUGACCAUGAAGAUUACAAUGAAGAUGUCGACGUCAAUACGGAUGAUAAUGAUGACGAUGUCGAUGUCGAUGUCGACGACGAUGAUGAUGACAAUGUCAGUGACGAUGAUGACGAUGAAGAGGAUAAUGAUGGUGAUGAUAAUGAUGAUGAUGAUGACGAUGACGAUGACGAUGACGGUGACGUUGACCAUGACGAUGACAAAGACGAUAUAGAUGUUGAUGACAAUGACGAUGACGAUGAUGAUGAUGACGAGGUCGGUGACGAUGACGACGAAGAUGUCGAUUACGAUGAUGAUGACGAUAAUAAUGACGAUGACGAUGUCAAUGACGAUGAUGAUGACUAUGACGAUGUCGAUGACGAUGACGACGAUGAAGAAGAUGAUGAUGACGAUGAUGAUGAUGAUCUCAACGACGUUGACGGUUACGAUGAUGAUGACGAUGACGAUGAUGAUGAUGUCAACGAUGUUGACGGUUACGGUGACGAUGACGAUGAAUAUGAUUAUGGCGAUGAGGAUGAUGAAGACUGCGAAGACGAUUACGAUAACGAUGAUGAUGACGAUGACGACAACGAUGACUACGAUGAUGAUGAUUACGACGAAGAUGAAGUUGACUACGUUGAUGUCGAUAACGACUUUGAUGAUGAUGAUGAUGAUGACGAUUAA